UUUGGGGCGAUGAGGGGGAGGGUUUUUUUGGGUCCCUGCGAGCGUCCUUUUGGUCUCUACUUCCAUCUGUUACGAGACGCGGACGGGUCCGAAGAGUGUGAAUCCGCCCUUCUUUCUUUACACUACUCUUUUGCCUCUUCUUCACCGAAUUUCUCUGAUGUAGGACACCUGGGGUUCGGGGAAAGCGUUUGAUUCUCCCUUUGCGUACUCUGGAUAUCUCAGAAAAGAGUCAAACUGUUAACCAUUAAGUAGUUUAUUUUUGUUUCAUCCAUGCUUUCCACUUGACUCUCGACUUGGGGGCGGAUCUGAUUUUGGUUCUUUUAUACUAACACAGUUAAAAUAUUUGUCUAUAUUUUUUGUUUUCUAUUUUUGUACUAAUUGAAGUAACUCAUAAUUAAAACAUUUAGUGAUUUUUAUCUUUUCUGACUGAAGUAAUUAUUUGUUCGUGAAACAUGACUAUGUUUUCCCUAUUCAGUUAUUUUAUAUUUUUGCUUAUUCUGCUGACACAUUGCAGUGUUUCUGCUGAAAAUGUAUUUCUCCAGUAUUUCGACGGUAGAACAAGUAGAACAAGGAAGAAGGCCCUAUUUUUUGGGUAUCCUUAACAAACCUUCGCUCAUUUUUGAAGUCCUUAUCGUUUUUUUACUAAUGAAUAGUGACCCAGAGUUACACAGUAGUCAGUCCUUAAGUUAAUUACUAUUUUGAUUUCUUGACAGCAAGUACUGUUUAGAUCAAAAGUUAAUUUCAAUCUGGGUCUGCUUCCUUAUAAAUGGAUAAAUUAGCAUUCUGGUUUAAUUUUUUUUAUCAUAAUUUAACUGGGCCUUCGUGCUUAUUUCAUUGAAAUAGAGAUAGUUUGAUAGUAUUUACGUUUAGAUUUAGAAUUUCUCUUCCUUUAGAAGGAAGAAAGUCUGGGGAGCUGCUGAAAUCCAUUUUAUUGAUUGGGGUUCAUAUUGAGUGGAAAGUGCAUGGGGUGGGAUAGGUUGGGAUGGGAAUGAACAGGCUUCUUCCUGUGUCUAGGAAAGGAUCAUGUAACCUUGAGGACAGUUAGAAGCAGGGAAGGGCUGGAAUGAUGAGUUAUGCUUAGUUUCUUCUUGUAUCCUAGAUGUGAAAUGGUUGGCUGUUCCUUUGAGUCUAAGCCAGAAAGUAUGCUUCCCCCUAACCUGGAUGUCCUGCAGGCUAAAGGUGGAAUUCAUUUUGUUCUUCCCACCAAAUGUGCUCCUGUAUUCUUAAUCUUAAUUAAUGGUUUCACCAUCUACCCAGUCUCCUGAAUCUUUGUCUUGUUUUUUUCUUGUCCUACUUCUAAAUGAUCACCUAAUCUUGUUUAUCGUAUGCCAGAAUUGUUUCUUUAUAUUUGUUCUUUAUUACUUCUGCUGCUUUGGUUUAGAUCCCCAUUGUCUCUCCCAUGCUGUUGAAAUAUCUUUCCUUUCAUGUCCUCUCACCCGUUGCUCCCGACUCCUGUCCAUUUUCUGUAGUAUUGCCAUCGUUACUUUUCUAAAAACAAAUUUGCUUAAAAACCUCUUGACUGUUACUUACAGGAUAAGAUCCAAACUUCUUAGUUUUGGGAAGCCAAGGACCUUUAUUUAGUAUCUGGCUUCAGCCUACCUUUCCAGUCUUAACACUUGUUCCUUCCCCUUUUCUCUCAAUUGCCAUACAUAUGCAUAUUCAUACACGCAUGCACACUUGCACCCAGAGCUUCAGCCACACCCAACUUGUCAGGUACCUUCACAACUGCAAGUCUUUGCAUGGAAAGUCCUUCUCUACCUGCUCCUCCUCCCUCCUUUGCUUGGAAAACUUUUUCCUGUACAACCCCGCUGGCAUGUCAGGUACUUGGUGAAACCAUUCUCAUUCUCUCGCAGGCUGAGCUGAUUGCAGGUGAUCUGUGUUCCAGCACAACUUUGCAUAUCUCUCCUUGACAGCAUUUACCACAUUGAGUUAUAAUUUAUCUCUGUCCUUGAUGCCCAGCGAGGGGACUGUAUUUUAUUUACCCAUUUAUUACCAGUAUGUGCCAUCUUCCUUGGUACAUAGUUGAUGCUUAGUAAAAAUUUUGCUGAGUGAUUAAAAAUCUACAAAGUUACUUAAUACUUUUCCUUUUUUAUUAAAACAGAGCUCGCUUAAUACUUAAUUUAUUGGUUUUAAAAAAUAUUUAAAAGUAGGAUCAGAAUAGAGUUUAUUUAUUCAACAAGUAUUUAUUGAGAGUCUACCCUGAGCCAGCAGUGAAGAAGAAAAUAGUUUCUAAAUAGCACUGUUGGUACACCUUGAAAAUCACCCAUGUGUACAAUAUCAAAAGGUUACUGCUGUACUAAACAUAGUACUGAUUUAUUCAGUGUUACGAGAUUGGGCAUUUAAAUCAGAUAGACAUGGAUUGAAAUCCACUUCUGUGCAUCACAAGUUGAGGGACCUUUGGCAAAUUAUUUACUACUUGUAAAAGCACAGUUUUCUCAUCUGUUAAAUAAGGAUAAUCAUACCUGUUACAGGGUUGGGAGGACUAAAUGAAAUCAUGAGUGUAAAAUGCCUAGAAUUAUGCCUAGCUAAUAGUAAGCCUUAAUAAACAGUAGCUGUUAUUAUUUUUUUUCUUCAUUAAGAAACUCAGAAUUUUUUUGUCUGCUUAACAUCUCUCCUUUAUUCUUAAAAUGUCCAGGAUUUUUUUGGGGGAGUGUCUCCAUAAACCUCCUUUUCUAUCAUUCUUUGAAACAAUUACAGCUUCUAACAAUUACCUUCCUAGAAUAGAUUAGAUUAUACUUUGUCCUUAUCAGAGUAGCAAUUAGACAGCUCUUUCAAAGUUUACAUGAAGCAAGAUGUGUAAACAAACCACAGAAGCAAUCCAUCUGCGAUUUUCGAAAUAGAAAGAGUAGGUUUGUUGCUAUUCUUAACUGGAUGCCACUUGUAUUUUCUUUUGAUUUAAACUAAUUUGGAGAAGUUAUUUUUAUAAUGUUAGUGUGAGAGUAAAGAAAAAUGCUCAUACCUAGAAAAAAAUCUAACUCUGGCAUAAUGGUUUUCAGACCACAAGGAUAGUGUCAUUUUGGCACUGCUGGGCUCUGACCCUACUUUUAAACGAACAUGCACAAAACCAGACUGAGCUCAUUCCUAUUUUUAAUAAAUUGUAUCUCUGUUUCUUUAGUACAUUUUUACUCUUUGUUUAUAGGUCAUUAACUAUUUGACAGUCGUGGGAACAGAAGUUAGAAGUGAGACCUUAAAGACAAACUGAUGAAUAUAUCUCAUCUGAAAUUAUGAUGUAAGCCAACAGAGAAAGAGAUUCAGUUUGCAAAACUUAACUUUUACUCAACAAAAUUUUAAUGAACACUUCCAAAGGGUAACACUAGAAUUCCUAAGGUUUAGGAGGUAGACAAAAGAAAAGUCUUAUAUGACAGUGAAGAACAUUAGUGGCAGUAGGAAAUGAUGAAAAUCAAGUGAUAUCUGUCUUCUGAAUUUACUCUCAGAUCAGUAUGCCAGUGAAAUAUACUUUCCUUAAAAUGCCUGUUUAAUUACUUCCUAUGGUGUUGAUCAGAUAUUCAGUAUAUGCUAUUUCUUUCAUAGCAGAAUUACCUAACACUAGGAGAAAGGAAAUUGAAGCCAUUCAUGCAAUCUUAAGAUCAGAGGAGUUAAAGGAAUUCAUGUAGUCUCCCUGGAUCAUAGUUUUCAUACCUGUUGAUGGAAGAAGUUUCUAGAGAUGACAUCCCCAAAGUGAAAAAAUCUUCACCUUUUUCUCAGUCAUCAUUGUUUAAUGAAUGAGAGACUUAAAAAAGUCUGUACUGAUCUAGAAGAGAAGCAUGAAGCAUCAGAGCUUCAAAUAAAGCAGCAAUCUACAAGUUACCGAAAUCAGCUGCAACAGAAAGAGGUAGAAAUCAGCCAUCUCAAAGCAAGACAGAUUGCGCUACAAGAGCAGUUGCUGAAGCUGCAGUCAGCCACUCAGUCAGUACCUUCAGGAGCUGUCCAGGGACCAUCAACCACUGCAUUGCCUUCAUUCGGUUAUGGUGUGAGUCAUCAUGCUUCAGCUUUCCGUGACGAUGACAUGGACUUUGGUGACAUAAUUUCAUCACAACAGGAAAUAAACAGAUUGUCAAAUGAAGUUUCCAGGCUUGAGUCUGAAGUUGGUCACUGGAGGCAUAUUGCUCAGAAAACGACAGCACAAGGAGCAGAUAGUUCUGAUCAAAGUGAAAUCUGCAAACUGCAAAGUACCAUCAAGGAACUUAAACAGAAUCGAAGUCAGGAUAUUGAUGUCCAUCAGCAUGAAAUGUCAGUAUUGCAGAAUGCACAUCAGCAGAAAUUGGCAGAAAUAACUCGUCGGCAUCGAGAAGAGUUAAGUGAUUAUGAAGAACGAAUUGAAGAACUUGAAAAUCUGCUACAGCAAGGUGGGUCAGGAACUGGAAUAACUGAUCACUCUAAAAUUCAUGAGAUGCAAAAGACUAUUCAGAUUCUACAAACUGAAAAAGUGGAGUCUACAAAAAAAAUGGAAGAACUUGAGAAUAGAGUAAAAGACAUAAGUAAAAAAUUAUCUUCUGUGGAAAACGACAGAGAGGUUUUAAGGAGAGAACAAGAACUGCUAAAUGUGGAAAAGAGACAAAUAAUUGAAGAAUGUGAAAGCUUGAAACUGGAAUGUAGUAAAUUGCAGUCUGAUGCUGUGAAGCAGCGUGACACUGUGACAGAAGAGGAAAGAAUUCUUCCACAGAGCACAUCAGUGGAGGAAGAGGUGUUCCGGCUACAACAGGCGCUGUCUGAUGCUGAAAAUGAAAUAAUGAAACUGAAAAGCUUAAACCAGGAUAGCAGUCUCACUGAAGACAAUCUGAAACUUGAGAAGCAUGUCCAAGCUUUAGAAAAAGAGAAUUCAUUACUGAGUCAGGAAAAGGAAGAACUUCACAUAUCACUUUUAAAACUGAACAGUGAAUAUGAAGUAAUUAAAAGUACAGCUACACGAGACAUGACUUUGGAUUCAGAGUUAAAUGAUUUAAGACUUAAUUUGGAGGCAAAGGAACAAGAACUCAAUCAGAGUAUUACUGAAAAUAAAAUAUUAGUAGCUGAGUUAGAAGAAUUGGACAAACAGAACCAAGAAGCUACCAAGCACAUGAUUUUGAUGAAAGAUCAACUAUCAAAACAGCAAAAUGAAGGCGAUAACAUGAUUAGUAAACUAAAACAAGAUAUACAUGAUGAAAAAAAGAGAGUUCAUCAACUUGAAGAUGAUAAAAUGAACAUUACUAAAGAGUUAGGUGUGCAGAGAGAAAAGUUAAUUCAAAGUGAACUGGCCCUUAAUGAUUUACAUUUAACCAAACAGAAGCUUGAGGAUAAAAUAGAAGAUUUAGUAGAUCAGCUAAAUAAGUUGCAGAAAAAUAAUCUAAACAUCCAGAAGGAGAACUUUGAACUUAAGGAACAUAUUAGACAGAACGAGGAGGAGCUUUCUAGCGUCAGGAAUGAGUUAACUCAGUCUCUUGGUCAAGACUCUAACAGUAACUUGAAGGAUGAUUUACUUAAAGAAAGGGAAGCUGAAGUUCGAAACUUAAAGCAAGAUCUUUCAGAAAUGGAACAGAUCAAUGAAACUUUAGAGAAAGUUGCUUUUGAUCUCAAAAUGGAAAAUGAAAAGUUGGUUUUAGCAUGUGAAGAUGUAAGACAUCAGUUGGAGGAAUCUCUUGCUGAUAAGAGUCAGAUUUCUCUGGAAAAAGACACCAUUGUGGAGGCUCUAAAGUUGGAAAAAGGACAGUUAGAAGCGGAAUUAUGUCAGGCUGAAAAGAGGUUGUUGGAAAAAGCAAACAAGUAUGAGCAAACCAUUGAAGAACUAACAAAUGCUCGUAACCUGAACAGCUCGGCUUUACAGCUGGAACAUGAGCAUUUAAUCAAACUCAGUCAAGAGAAAGACUUUGAAAUAUCAGAACUCAAAAAGAAUAUUGAGCAGGUAAAUGCUGAUCAUCAAGUAAGUAAGGAAGUCUUGUCAUCUAGUUUAGAAGAACAGAAGCAAUUGACCCAACUUAUAAAAGAGAAAGAAAUGUUUAUUGAAAAGCUUCAAGGAAGAAGCUCAGAGCUUCAGGACGAAUUAGAUAAAUAUACUCAGGCCUUAAGAAAAAGUGAAAUUUCAAGGCAAACCAUAGAGGAAAAAGACAGAAGUCUUGCAUCCAUGAAAGAAGAAAACAAUCAUCUGAAAGAAGAACUGGAACGGCUCCGGGAGCAGCAGAGCCGAGCUACACCUGUGGCUGAGCCUAAAUCACUAGACGUUAUUACAGAACUGGAAUCUGAGGUGUCUCGGCUGAAUAUAAUAAAAGGUGACCUUGAGGAGGAAAUAAAACAUUACCAAAAGAUAACUGAAGAUCAAAACCAGAGUGAGAUGCAGCUACUUCAGUCUGUACAAGAGCAGAAAAAGGAAAUGGAUGAGUUCAAAUACCAGCAUGAGCAAAUGAAUGUCACACAUACCCAGCUCUUUUUAGAGAAAGAUGAGGAAAUUAAGAGUUUGCAGAAGACAGUUGAACAAAUCAAAACCCAGUUGCAUGAAGAAAGACAGGACAUUCAAACAGAGAAUUCUGAUAUUUUUCAAGAAACAAAAGUUCAGAGCCUUAAUAUAGAAAAUGGGAGUGAAAAGCAUGAUUUAUCUAAGGCUGAAACUGAAAGAUUAGUGAAAGGAAUAAAAGAACGAGAAUUGGAGAUUAAACUUCUAAAUGAAAAGAAUAUAUCUUUGACUAAACAGAUUGAUCAGCUGUCCAAAGAUGAGGUUGGUAAACUAACUCAGAUUAUCCAGCAGAAAGAUUUGGAGAUACAGGCUCUUCAUGCUAGGAUUUCCUCAGCUUCCUACACCCAAGAUGUUGUUUACCUUCAACAGCAACUGCAGACCUAUGCUAUGGAAAGAGAGCAAGUAUUAGCUGUUUUGAGUGAGAAAACUAGGGAAAAUAGCCAUCUGAAAACAGAAUAUCACAAAAUGAUGGAUAUAGUUGCUGCCAAAGAAGCAGCCCUCAUUAAGCUGCAAGAUGAAAAUAAAAAAUUGUCUGCAAGAUUUGAAAGUAGCAGCCAGGAUAUGUUUAGAGAAACUGUUCAGAAUUUAUCACGUAUCAUUCGAGAAAAAGACAUUGAAAUAGAUGCAUUAAGUCAGAAGUGCCAGACUUUACUGACGGUUCUACAGACAUCCAGCACUGAAAAUGCGGUUGGAAGCGUUAAUAGUAAUCAGUUUGAGGAGCUUCUACAGGAGCGUGAUAAACUGAAACAGCAAGUGAAGAAGAUGGAAGAGUGGAAACAGCAGGUGAUGACCACAGUACAAAAUAUGCAGCAUGAGUCUGCCCAACUUCAGGAGGAACUUCAUCAGCUUCAGGCACAGGUUUCAGUUGACAGUGAUAAUAAUUCUAAAUUACAGGUGGAUUAUACCGGCCUGAUCCAAAGUUAUGAACAGAAUGAAACCAAACUCAAAAAUUUUGGUCAGGAAUUAGCACAAGUUCAGCACAGCAUCGGACAGCUUUGCAAUACCAAGGACCUUCUUUUAGGAAAACUGGAUGUUAUUUCACCACAGCUGUCCUCUGGAUCUUCACUCAGUUCCCCGUCAGCAGAACCUCUGAGGGCAAGUAAGUCUGAUCAGUUGAGUGAGUCCUCUAAAUUGCUUCAACAAGAGAUAGAAGAGCUAAGAAAAUCACUGCAGGAAAAAGAUGCCACAAUUAGAACUCUCCAGGAAAAUAAUCACAGAUUGUCUGAUUCAAUUGCUGCCACCUCAGAGCUAGGAAGAAGAGAACAUGAACAGACUGAUUCUGAAAUUAAGCAGAUAAAGGAGAAACAAGACGUUUUACAAAAGUUACUUAAGGAAAAAGACCUCUUAAUCAAAGCCAAAAGUGAUCAGUUACUUUCUUUAAAUGAAAAUUUCACUAACAAAGCAAAUGAAAAUGAACUUUUGAGGCAGGCAGUAACAAACCUGAAGGAGAGAAUAUUAAUUUUAGAAAUGGACAUUUGUAAACUAAAAGAGGAAAAUGAAAAAAUUAUAGACGCGUCCAGGGGAAAGGAAACAGAAUAUCAAGCAUUGCAAGAGACUAAUAUGAAGUUUUCUAUGAUGCUGCGUGAAAAAGAGUUUGAAAACCAUACAAUGAAGGAGAAGGCUCUUGCUUUUGAGCAACUGUUGAAAGAAAAAGAACAGGGCAACACUGGGGAGUUAAAUCAGCUUUUAAAUGCAGUUAAGUCAAUGCAGGAGAAAACAGUUCUGUUUCAACAGGAGAGAGACCAAGUCAUGUUGGCCCUGAAACAGAAACAAAUGGAAAACAGCGCCCUACAGAAUGAGGUUCAGCAUUUACGGGACAAAGAAUUACGCUUAAACCAGGAGCUAGAGAGAUUGCGUAACCAUCUUUUAGAAUCAGAAGAUUCUUAUACCCGCGAAGCUUUGGCUGCAGAAGAUAGAGAGGCUAAACUAAGAAAGAAAGUCACAGCAUUGGAAGAGAAGCUGGUUUCAUCCUCUAAUGCAAUGGAAAAUGCAAGCCAUCAAGCCAGUGUGCAGGUAGAGUCAUUGCAGGAACAACUGAAUGUGGUCUCCAGGCAGAGGGAUGAGACAGCCCUGCAGCUUUCCGUUUCACAGGAACAAGUAAAGCAGUAUGCGCUGUCACUAGCCAACCUGCAGAUGGUACUAGAGCAUUUCCAGCAAGAGGAAAAAGCUAUGUAUUCUGCUGAGCUAGAAAAACAAAAACAGCUUGUAGCUGAAUGGAAGAAAAAGGCAGAAAACGUGGAAGGAAAACUGAUAUCAUUACAGGAACGUUUGGAUGAAGCAAAUGCUGCAUUGGAUUCAGCAUCAAGGCUUACAGAACAGUUAGAUCUGAAGGAAGAACAAAUUGAAGAACUUAAAAAACAUAAUGAGCUCCAAAAGGAAAUGCUGGAUGAUAUACAAAAGAAAUUGAUGAAUUUAGUAAAUAGCACAGAAGGAAGAGUGGAUAAAGUCCUGAUGAGAAACCUCUUUGUUGGACAUUUUCACACACCAAAAAGUCAGCGUCAUGAAGUGUUGCGCUUAAUGGGAAGCAUCCUGGGUAUCAAAAGGGAGGAAAUGGAGCAGUUGCUUAAUGAAGAUCAGGGCGGUGUUACCAGGUGGAUGACUGGGUGGCUUGGAGGAGGAUCAAAAAGUGUCCCUAACACACCUCUGAGACCGAAUCAGCCAUCUGUGUUUAAUAGUUCUUUUUCAGAACUCUUUGUUAAAUUUCUAGAAACAGAAUCUCAUCCGUCUGUUCCACCACCAAAGCUUUCUGUUCACGACAUGAAACCUCUAGAUUCACCAGGAAUGAGAAAACUAGCUACAAAUGAACCAGAAAGUUUUAAAGAAGCAACAGGAUCCAGAACCAGUAGAAGAACAGAUGUGAAUCCGUUCCUAGCUCCACGCUCCGCAGCUGUGCCCCUCGUUAACCCAGCCGGACUUGGAACUGGUGGGUCUGGGCAUCUUCUUUUGAAACCCAUCUCAGAUGUUUUGCCCACGUUUACACCUUUGCCAGUGUCACCUGACAACAGUGCUGGAGUUGUGUUGAAAGACCUUUUAAAGCAAUAGGUGAUUCUCAAGCCAGAGAUGAUAGAGCACUUUAAAGAAACCAUGUACACUAUGCUUAUUACUUUAUCACAAAGUGGCCUUUUGGAAAAAGUCAUGUAUUUGUUUGCCAUUGUACUUUCUUCUGAAUCUAAUAAAAAAUUCUUAAUGCUUUUAG